UCACAGCAGCAGCGGCGGCAGCAGCAGCAGCAGCAGCAGCAGCAGCAGCAGCGGCGGCCGUGAGGACGACACGCUCUGCAGUCAAGAUGAGUGCUGGGGAUGUGGUCUGCACGGGCUGGCUCAUUAAAUCCCCUCCGGAGAAAAAACUAAAGAGAUUUGCCUGGAGAAAACGCUGGUUUGUGCUUCGAAGAGGUCGCAUGAGCGGUAAUCCUGAUGUGCUGGAAUACUACCAAAGCAAGAACUCCAAAAAGCCAAUACGCACUAUUGACCUGAAAGAGUGUGAGGUCGAAAUGCUGAACGGGCAGCUUCGGAUAAAGCGAGACUUCCACGGGAAGCACCUCUUUGUGGUGAAGACCUCAUCCCGCAUUUUUUACCUGGUCGCCAAAACUGAGGAGGAGAUGAACAGCUGGAUCAGUAGCAUCAGUCAGAUUUGCCAGUUUGGGAGCCUGGAGGACCAUGAGAGCUCAGAAGAAGGCUUCCCUCACACUCCCACCUCCCUCCAGCUGUCACCUGACAGUCCUGACCGAGCAUCUGUAGCAAGUCAACCAGAUUCCAGCCAUCCGCUGGACUACCUCUUUCUCUCGCAGUGUGAGACGGGGAGUGUGAGCACUAGUAGACAUGACAGCUUUUCAAACUCUGACAUCUCUCUGGAGCAGAAGUCAUCAGACGAUGCUGUCAAGGACAUUUGCACUGACUGCUCUUCAUCCUCCAUCUCUCAUGCCAGUCCCAGUCCGUGUCUUUUCCCCAGCGGGAGGUUGACUAACCCUCCCUUCAGCGCUCCAUGCAUCUCUAUAGCUCUACCAUCAUCCUCUUCCUCUCCACUGCAUCACUGCGCCACAAGUGUCUUCCAGUUUGACAAACCCUAUUCUUCCGCAUCAUUUGAGACACCUCCUCCGCUGCCACCCAAGCCUAAUCACCUGUCAGAGCAGCUAAGUGAUGAAGGAGCUCACAGGCCGAGGGCGAUAAGUGUGCCGCAUUUCUCAAGCAACGGCGCAUUAUUUCCCCGGAGGACCUCUUUGUCGAGCCUGGACCAUAUCAGAAUAGGAGAUGCUGAUUGCAGACUGAUGAGGAACAGGAGGCAAAGUGUUAAUUUGCCUUGUUUAAAUAUCACACAAGUUCAAAGCUACCAGGACGAGUCAUAUGUCCCCAUGGCGUCCCCGUCUCCUGCCCUUGCUACUGUCGAAUGUGAUGGUUACAUCCCCAUGAGCCCCAUGGCAUUCAGCUUCCUCAACCCAAACUGCAGCGUGGAGUCCUCUCCAUCGCUCAGCCAGCUCAUGUGUCCACCUGGAGAUCUUGCACCGCCUCCGAUUCACCGGCACCUUAAGCCUCAUUUGAGGAGACCUCGACCCCCACCUCUUGACUUGAGAGGCCUUUCUACAAUCACAGAAUGUCCCACUCAUCUCCCUUUGAGCAGGGCAAUGACCGAAUCGUGCUUUUCAAAGAACUGUAUACCUCUUGAAAGAAGACUUGAAAAUGGGGACAAAUCAAGAGAUGAAGGCACAACCUCCUCCACAAUGGAAUCAAGGCAACAGUUCUCUCUUACCUUUGAUGGAGCAGUUCAGCCUUGGGUGAGAAGAUCAAACCUAGACUAUUUAUCACUGGAUUUCAACUCUGCAUCCCCCUCGCCUGUGCAGAAGCAGAAGCCGUUCCUGUCUGAUGAGCACAGAGUGGAUUAUGUGCAGGUGGAUGAGAAGAAGACUCAGGCACUUCAAAACACCAAAAUGGAGUGGACAGAUGUCCGGCAGUCAAAAACAUGACCAGAAUAUUCACAAUGAAAAAAAAAUCAGGAAUAUUCACUUGACUACAAAAGGACCAAUAGUAAAACCAGCAAUUAGGUUUUACUUUGAAAAACAGUAUUGAAGUAAAUAUACAAGAGUAUUUAAAGUUCAAUGCUCCUUCAGAAGAGGAAACACAAAACUGCACUGUUAAACUAAGGUAACUCUCUGUAGAGGGGAACUGUAAAUACUGCCUGAUCAUGCACUGUUCACAGUGAUUAUUGUAGCAUAAGGAUUUACCAAAUGUUGAAAAUGGCUUCAUGUUGCUUCACUGCAAAAAAGACUUUGUUGUAAAUGUAUGUAUAAAAAUAUGACCGUGAAGAAGUUUUUUUAUGAUAAAAUGUCUUUUUAAAAUAUUUCUCUCUCAUUAUUAUCUUUCAUUUCUCAUAGUAUCAGUACCCAUGUUGACCAAUCUUCAUCUUUUGUAGGCGUUUUCUAUAAUUUCUCCACCAAUCAGCAAUGUUUCAACUGCAGCCAGGAAGAUCAUCAAGGGACUCUUGUGUGUAAUAGGGAUCCAAGUAAUUACUAUUUUAAUUUUUUAUGAAUCUGAUAAUUAUUUUCUCAAUUUAUGAAUUAGGAGUGUGAAUCACCAGAUGCUGGUUAACAUUUUCUAAAUUCCCUUUUCCACAUAAAAGUGUAAAAACAGCCUUCAGGCUAUAACCUACCACACUGAUUUUAGGGCGAAUUUGGAUCUUGGAUCAUGCAAUAAUGCAGUCAUGCUAUUUUUUUAAAGUAUUUUUUGUCUUUUUUUUCUUCUGUAAAUUAGCAAAUUUUCUACCAAAACGAUUUCCCGAUUUGUUAUUUUGAUUGGUCACCAUCAGCACCACCAACGACGACUGUGAUUGGUUCAUAGGAAUACAAACAAGCAUGAGCUUUUAUUUCUCCUGCAGGAGAAUGAUAACUAGGUGCAGUGAAAUCAUUCUGCAAAAUGCUGUGUCAGCACUAGAAAAUGGUCUGAUUAAUGUAUUAGCUGUUUGGGCUGAAAAUGGUAAAAAAUAAAUAAAUAAAUAAAUAAAAUUAAAUAAUUUUUUUUAAAGUGUUUCCCAAAGCCCAAGAGGCCAUCCUCAAAUUUAUUGUU